AUGGUUCCCUCAUUCAGGCCUCUUGGGCUCCUCCCACUUCUAAUGUUUAGUACUGGAAGUUUUUCACAACUCAAUGGUAUUGAUAUGCGGGACAGGAUGGAAGAGAUGGAGCAUAUAUGGGUUGACAAUAACGGGGCCAAUACUGAUGGAUUCGUGGGUGCUGUGUCGCCUUGCUCGAACUACGUUGGUCCCAACGGACAAAACAGAGGAGAGCAGAGUUCGGCACAGUGGGUGCGAUUCGUGUUCCACGAUAGUGUUACUGCGAACCUGGCCGCUGGUACUGGCGGAGUGGAUGCAUCUUUGGGGUUUGAGUCCGACCGACCUGAAAACCUGGGGUUGUUUGUUAAUGAUACUCUGCGAUUCAUGUCUCCAACGGUCUCUGCGUACACUAGCAUGUCUGACAAUAUCGCCUUGGGAUUGAUUGCCUCUUUAGCAGAGUGUGGAGGUACCACUACUGGUAUUCCGUUGCGGGUUGGAAGGAUUGAUGCUGAGGAAGCCGGUCCUGCGGGUGUUCCGGAGCCGACUACGGAUUUGAAGACCACUUUGGCCCAGUUUGCAGCUGCUGGGUUCAAUCAAAGCGAGACUAUUGCCUUGACAGCUUGUGGCCAUUCGUUGGGCCGCAUUCAUUUCUCUAACUUUCCUGACAUUGUGGAUGCAAGUGCUGUGACAUCUACAAACAUCAACGGCGGUGUGGGUUUCGAUGCUACCCCGGCUGUUUUCGACAACGCCGUCGUGACCGAUUAUAUAGGAGGCACUGGAGCGCAAGGUGGUCUUCUUGUCACGGCCGGCAACGUCAGCGAUCGAUCUGAUUUCCGACUUUACGUAUCGGACAACAACGUCACCAUGCAAGCCCUUUCGGUAGAAGCUACUUUCCAGUCCCAAUGCAACAGCCUCUUCGAACGCAUGAUCAACACAGUUCCGGCCGCGGUCACUCUCUCAGACCCCAUCACGCCAAUGACGUGGAAGGCAGUCGAUAUCGGUCUCGAUAUCACCCCCACGGGCGCGGUGUCCAUUUCUGGAUAUAUCCGCAAUCUCUACUACGCUACCGCUCCUCCCACCGUCGUCUACUACGACACAUCCACAGCCAACGGCACGCUCUCCGCUGUGGAAGUCACGACUACAGCACUUAGCUCUGGCACGUCGAUCUUCGGAUACACAGUCUACUACGGCUUCAACAACACGAUCGCGUCGCCCGGCACAACCUCGCUUAACUUCGAGGGCAUCUCCUAUCCCGUCAACGAUGAAAUAUUCAUCCUCACCGCCCAAUCCACCUCCUCGCGUUCAGACUUCGUCCUCAAAGCCGCGGCGCUGACUUCUCUGACUUCGGGCUUGGGAUCCAUGACCGGUGUGCUGUAUGUGCCGGAGAGACAGCAGGGGACGGUGGUUAACAAGAUUGUAAACACGACGGUUCCGAUGACGGCGUAUGCCACGGCUGGGAAUUACACGCUGUUCUCUUCGGGCAGUGUGGCGGUACAGAAUACGCGCAGUGUGAUUGCGAAAGUGCUGCUGGGGGAUUCGGCUAGUCGGACUGUGAAGGGUGAUCUCUUUGCCCAAGGAGCCUAG